UUUUUUUUUUUUCUUUUUGUUUCUUCAUUAAUAAAAAUGUCUUCUUCUAAUUAUAUUGUUGCCUUCAAAAGAGAUACUCCUGAUGAAGUUAUUGACAAACAUAUCAAGGACUGCGAAUCUUCUGGUGCCAAAAUUAAGCAUAGAUAUAAUGCUGCUAUUAAAGGUUUUUCUGUAGAAGUACCUGACGAGACUGUUAGUGCCUUAUCUUUCAAUCAUCCUCAAAUUCUUCAUGUUGAAUCUGAUGGAGAAGUCACUACUCAAGGAAAAUCUCUCCUUACUUCUUCUUAAUUAAAAAAAAAUAUUCCCUUUAGUUUUUUUGUGAUAUACAUAGUAGUAAUAACGUGCACAUGACGAAAUAAAUAUUAUUUUGUAUAAAA